AUGGCCGGGAGAAAUGACACUGUAGUGACUGAGUUCUUCCUCACUGCGUUCCCAGAGCAUCCCGAGUGGGGGCUCCCUCUCUUCCUGGUAUUUCUGAGUUUCUAUCUACUCACUCUGCUGGGGAACACGGGAAUGGUCAUCCUGAUCCGCGUGGAUGGCCGGCUCCACACUCCGAUGUACUUCUUCCUUGGCCACCUUUCCUUCGUGGACAUCUGCUACUCGUCCAUUACGGUCCCCCAGAUGUUGGCUGUGCUGCUGGAGCACGGGGUGGCUCUGUCCUACACACGCUGCGCUGCUCAGUUCUUCCUCUUCACCUUCUUCGCUUCCAUCGACUGCUACCUCCUGGCAAUCAUGGCCUAUGACCGCUACGUGGCCGUGUGCCGGCCCCUGCUUUAUGUCACCAUUGUGACGGAGAAGGACCGCUGGGGCUUACUGGCUGCGGCGUAUGUGGCUGGGUUCUCCAGUGCCUUCGUUCGAACAGUCACAGCCUUCACCCUCUCCUUCUGUGGAAACAAUGAGAUCGACUUUAUUUUCUGUGAUCUCCCUCCUCUGUUAAAGCUGACCUGUGGGGACAGCUACACCCAGGAAGUGGUCAUUAUUGUGUUUGCCAUUUUUGUCAUGCCUCUUUGUGUAUUGGUGAUCUUGGUGUCCUACCUGUUUAUCAUCGUGGCCAUCAUGAGGAUCCGCUCGGUGGGGGGCCGGGCCAAGACCUUCUCCACUUGCGCCUCCCACCUCACGGCUGUGUCACUCUUCUUUGGCACCCUCAUUUUCAUGUACCUGAGAGAUAACUCUGGCCAGUCUUCGGAGGAGGACCGAGUGGUGUCAGUGCUCUAUACAGCGGUGACCCCCAUGCUGAACCCCUUCAUCUAUAGCCUGAGAAAUAAGGAGGUAAAGGAGGCAGUUAUGAAAGCCCUGAGCAGGUCAAAGUCUUCUGGAAGGCCCUAGAUUGACUCUUUCCAAGUAUGUGAUUCCUUAGUUUCCCUGUCCUUUCUGUCUAUACUCAAAUGUCACCAAUAUGGGGAGACUUUCCCGGACAACCUUACUUCAAAUUGCAUCCAAACAUCCCACUUCCAUUUUCUGAUUUAUUAUUCUGUGUCCUACGUGUCACCAUCUGAUGCACUGUGUGCUACAUAUUUGAUAUUGUCUAAUUCUCACAAACUGGAAGGUAAACUACAUGAGAGAAAGUGUUUUUUAUCUGUGAGACUCACUUCUGUGUGUUCAGUGCCUAAUCUAGCAUCUAGCACAUAAAAAGCAUCCAAUAACUAUUUGUUGAAUAAAUGCAUUAA